AUGACGGGUUGUGUUUCAUAUUUUCUGUGUCUUCUUCUCUUCCUCUUUCUUUCUUCAUCUAACACUUUAUCAUCUCCUUCUGUUUCUUAUCCAUUGUGCCAUUCUGAUGAGAGCUCUGCUUUGCUUCAAUUUAAGCACUCCUUUUCUAUUGAUAACAGCUCUGAUUAUUCGUUUUAUUAUGGUUGUCCUCCCCCUAAGACAGACUCUUGGGAGAAUGGCACCAAUUGUUGCAAAUGGAGCGGGGUCACGUGCGACAAGAUGACAGGUCAUGUGAUUGGCCUCAAUCUAAGUUGUGGUAGACUCGUUGGAAGAAUUCAUUCCAACAGUAGCCUCUUCCUCCUCGGUCAUCUCCAAAGUUUGAAUUUCUCAUAUAAUGAUUUCAGAGGCUCUGCAAUUCCAUCUGAUCUCGGUAAGCUUGUGCAUUUGGCGAACCUUGAAAUUAUUUAUUCUAAUUUUUCAGGGCAUAUACCACCAGAUAUCUCCUACCUUUCUAAAUUGGACUCACUUAUUCUUUCUUCUUAUUCUUUUGAUGCAUUAAGGCUAGAGACAUCUACCAUGAAAAGAAUUGUCACUAACCUAACCAACCUCAAAGAAUUAUCUCUGGAUGGAGUUGACAUGUCUUCUGUUCAUAAUCCUCUUUCCUUGACUAAUUUGUCUUCUUCGACAUCUCUUAGCCUCAGGUUUUGUCAAUUGAAAGGAAAUAUAAAAGAUAAGUUUUUUUAUCUAACAAAACUCAAAUCUCUUGAUUUAUCUGACAACGAAAACCUUACCGGUUUCUUGCCUAAAUCAAACUGGAGCAGUUCACUCGAGUACUUGGGUCUUUCUUCUACUAACUUCUCAAUUGACUUUCCUCAUCUCACGAAAAGUAUGAAGUCUUUGAAUACUUUGUAUCUGGGUAGCUGUAAAAUCCUAGGAUGGAAUCCCACAUUACUUAGUAACCUCACACAAAUCACUUCAUUAUACCUGUCAUUUCACAAUUUAGGUGGCCAAAUUCCUUGGUCAUCUUUGAACCUAAACAAACUCAUUAAAUUAGAUCUUUCAGGCAACAAUUUUAGCGGCCAGCUUCCUCAAAUGUACAGUUAUAACUUGUCAAAAAGUCAACCAAUAGUAGAACCUCUUCCAUUGAAUUUAGAAUUUCUUGAUUUAAGUAAUAACAAACUACAAGGACCCAUUCCAAGAUCAUUAUUUCAACUAGUGAAUCUUGGAUGGCUAGAUCUUUCCUCGAAUAACUUGAGUGGUGUUGUAGAGUUGUAUGAGUUUUCAAAGUUGACGAACAUCCAAUAUCUUAAUCUUUCAUUCAAUAGUCUGUCACUGAGUCGUUCCAAAAUCUUUCUUAACCAUACUCUGCCUUCUAUCUGGUGCUUGUCAUUAUCUUCCUGCAACAUAAAAGAAUUCCCGUACUUCAUAAGAGCAUCAAAAUAUCUAUACACUUUAGAACUCUCUUUCAAUCAAAUUGAGGGAAACAUUCCGAAUUGGCUGUGGAAUGUGAGCAGAGACUCAUUGCGUUAUUUGAGUCUUUCUCACAACUUUUUGACAGGAAUACAACAGCUUCCAUGGAAGUCGUUGUUUUAUCUUGAUCUUCGCUCCAAUUUGCUUCAAGGAAGUCUACCAAUUCCACCGCCAUCCACACGUAUAUUUUUAGUCUCAAAUAAUCAACUGAGUGGUGAGAUACCAUCUUUUGUUUGCAAUCUUAAUUCCAUUGAAAUUUUAGAUUUAUCUAAUAAUAGUAUGAGUGGGAAGAUUCCUCCAUGCCUUGGAAAUUUCAGCGACAGUUUAUCGGUGUUGAACUUGGGGAUGAAUAAGCUGCAUGGCAUGAUCCCUUUGUCAUUUGAAAGGGGAAACUCCUUGAGGAACCUGAAUCUCAAUGGGAAUCAACUUGAAGGAUCGUUGUCACAAUCUUUGCUCAAUUGCAAAAAGUUGGAAGUUUUAGACAUUGGAAAUAACAAAAUAAAUGGAACCUUUCCCUACUGGUUGGGAUCUCUUCCGAUGCUGCAAGUUCUUAUCUUGAGAUCUAACAGAUUCCAUGGCUCCAUAUCGGGUAGUCUCAAAAGUAAACUUCCAUUUCGGAGGCUGCGAAUCAUGGACCUCUCUGACAAUCAAUUUAGUGGUAAUUUGCCAUCGAAUUAUUUUCAGAGUUUUAUGGCCAUGAUGGAUGCACAGAGAGAAAAAAUGAAGUACAUGGGAGAUGACUACUACCAAGAUUCUGUGGUUGUGACAAUAAAAGGCUUCUCCAUUGAGCUAGUGAAAAUUCAAACCAUUCUCACAACUAUCGAUUUAUCGAAGAAUAAUUUCGAGGGAGAGAUUCCAGAGUUGAUUGGGAAGCUAAAAUCGCUUAAAGGGCUCAAUUUGUCUCACAACAAAUUGACUGGUUCCAUUCCACCAUCAUUGGCAAAUUUGAGCAAUCUUGAAUGGUUAGAUCUCACCUGGAAUGAGCUUGUUAGUGGGAUUCCUCAGCAGUUGACAGAAAUAACAUUUCUUGCAGUGUUCAACCUGUCGGAAAAUAGACUUGUUGGACCAAUUCCUCGUGGCAAUCAGUUUGAAACAUUCGAGAAUAGUUCAUACAGGGAGAACUCAGGCUUAUGUGGAUUUCCAUCGUCUAAAAUAUGCAACAGCAGUGAGGCGCCACAACCUUCACAAGCCAAAAACUUGGAGCAAAAAAAUGAGUUUGAUUUUUGGAAGGUUGCAGCGAUGGGGUAUGCAUGCGGACUGGUAUUUGGAAUAUCAAUGGGAUAUGUAUUGCUUUCAAAGGAAAUGCUAGUUGUCAUGAUUCGGAGAAGGGUUGGAGGAGAACGAUGGAACAGAGUUCUGAGAAGAUUCCAAGGGUAA